AUGUUCGAGACGAACGCUUCCAAAACAGCGAGCUGGAAACGUGUCCUCCAUGUACUACAGCCUACACUACAUCGUAUGUGACGCUGACUAUGUAUCGGAGUACUUUAAAUACAACAACAUCACAAACUACAACUUCCUUCACACCAUUGAUAACAACAUCGGAAAUCUUAAACCAAAACACAACUACAAUUAUAACUCCUACAGUACCGAGAAGCACUAGGCCAAUAAAUAACACAAUAGCAUCAAGUACAGCUGGUACAGACACGGAUACAACUACAAUAGCACUGAGUACUGCACAAGUUGGCAUGGAAACAACUAACACAACUAUAUCAAGUACAUCUACAACUUAUACAACUGACACAACUAUACCAAGUACAGCUACAACUGAUACAAGCAACACAACUAUAUCAAGUACAACUACAACUGAUACAACUAACACCACUAUGUCAAAUACAGCUACAACUGAUACAACUAACACAACAAUAUUAAGUACAGCUACAACUGAUACAACUAACACCACUAUGUCAAAUACAGCUACAACUGAUACAACUAACACAACUAUAUCAAGUGCAGCUACAACUGAUACAACUAACACAACUAUAUCAAGUGCAGCUACAACUGAUACAACUAACACAACUAUACCAAGUACAGCUACAACUGAUACAAGCAACACAACUAUAUCAAGUGCAGCUACAACUGAUACAACUAACACAACCAUUUCAAGUACAGCUACAACUGAUACAACUAACACAACUAAAGCAAGUACAGCUACAACUGAAACAACUAACACAACAAUAUUAAGUGCAGCUACAACUGAUACAACUAACACAACCAUUUCAAGUACAGCUACAACUGAUACAACUAACACAACUAUACCAAGUACAGCUACAACUGAUACAAGCAACACAACUAUAUCAAGUGCAGCUACAACUGAUACAACUAACACAACAAUAUUAAGUGCAGCUACAACUGAUACAACUAACACAACCAUUUCAAGUACAGCUACAACUGAUACAACUAACACAACUAUAUCAAAUACAGCUACAACUGAUACAACUAACACAACAAUAUUAAGUGCAGGUACAACUGAUACAACACCACUGAGAACUGCACCAGUUGGCAUGGCAACAACUAACACAACUAUACCAAGUACAGCUACAACUGAUACAGCUAACACAAUUAUAUCAAGAACAGGUACAAUUGAUACAACUAUCACAACUAUAUCAGGUACUGGUACAACUGAUACAACAGCACUGAUUACUGCACCAGUUGCAAUGGCAACAACUAACACAACUAUAUCAAGUAGAACUGCAACAACUAACACAAGUAUAUCAAGUGCAGCUACAACUGAUACAACUAACACAACUAUAUCAAGUACAGCUACAACUGAUACAAACAACACAAAUAAACCAAGUACAGCUACAACUGAUACAACUAACACAACUAUACCAAGUGCAGCUACAACUGAUACAACUAACACGACUAUACCAAGUGCAGCUACAACUGAUACAACUAACACAACUAUACCAAGUGCAGCUACAACUGAUACAACUAACACAACUAUAUCAAGUGCAGCUACAACUGAUACAACUAACACAACUAUAUCAAGUGCAGCUACAACUGAUACAACUACACACAACCAAGUACAGCUACAACUGCAAGUGCAGCUACAACUGAUACAACUAACACAACUAUAUCAAGUGCAGCUACAACUGAUACAACUAACACAACUAUACCAAGUGCAGCUACAACUGAUACAACUAACACAACUAAAGCAAGUACAGCUACAACUGAAACAACUAACACAACUUUAUCAAGUGCAGCUACAACUGAUACAACUAACACAACAAUAUCGAGUGCAGGUACAACUGAUACAACUAACACAACUAUACCAAGUACAGCUACAACUGAUACAACUAACACAACUAUACCAAGUACAGCUACAACUGAUACAAGCAACACAACUAUAUCAAGUGCAGCUACAAAUGAUACAACUAACACAACUAUACCAAGUGCAGCUACAACUGAUACAAGCAACACAACUAUAUCAAGUGCAGCUACAAAUGAUACAACUAACACAACUAUAUCAAGUGCAGCUACAACUGAUACAAGCAACACAACUAUAUCAAGUGCUGCUACUACUGAUACAAGCAACACAACUAUACCAAGUACAGCUACAACUGAUACAACUAACACAACUAUAACAAGUACAGCUACAACUGAUACAACUAACACAACAAUAUCAAGUGCAGCUACAACUGAUACAACUAACACAACUAUAUCAAGUGCAGCUACAACUGAUACAACUAACACAACUAUAUCAAGUACAGCUACAACUGAUACAACUAACACAACUAUAACAAGUACAGCUACAACUGAUACAACUAACACAACAAUAUCAAGUGCAGCUACAACUGAUACAACUAACACAACUAUAACAAGUGCAGCUACAACUGAUACAACUAACACAACUAUAUCAAGUACAGCUACAACUGAUACAACUAACACAACUAUAUCAAGUGCUGCUACAACUGAUACAACUAACACAACUAUAUCAAGUGCAGCUACAACUGAUACAACUAACACAACUAUAUCAAGUACAGCUACAACUGAUACAAACAACACAAAUAAACCAAGUACAGCUACAACUGAUACAACUAACACAACUAUAACAAGUACAGCUACAACUGAUACAAGCAACACAACUAUACCAAGUACAGCUACAACUGAUACAACUAACACAACUAUAACAAGUACAGCUACAACUGAUACAACUAACACAACAAUAUCAAGUGCAGCUACAACUGAUACAACUAACACAAGUAUAUCAAGUGCAGCUACAACUGAUACAACUAACACAACUAUAUCAAGUACAGCUACAACUGAUACAACUAACACAACUAUACCAAGUACAGCUACAACUGAUACAACUAACACAACUAUAUCAAGUGCAGGUACAACUGAUACAACUAACACAACUAUAGCAAGUGCAGCUACAACUGAUACAACUAACACAACUAUAGCAAGUGCAGCUACAACUGAUACAACUAACACAACAAUAUCAAGUGCAGCUACAACUGAUACAACUAACACAACUAUACCAAGUGCAGCUACAACUGAUACAACUAACACAACUAUAUCAAGUGCAGCUACAACUGAUACAACUAACACAACUAUAGCAAGUGCAGCUACAACUGAUACAACUAACACAACUAUAGCAAGUGCAGCUACAACUGAUACAAGCAACACAACUAUAUCAAGUGCAGCUACAACUGAUACAACUAACACAACUAAAGCAAGUACAGCUACAACUGAAACAACUAACACAACUAUAUCAAGUGCAGCUACAACUGAUACAACUAACACAACUAUACCAAGUGCAGCUACAACUGAUACAACUAACACAACUAUACCAAGUACAGUUACAACUGAUACAACUAACACAACUAUAUCAAGUGCAGCUACAACUGAUACAACUAACACAACUAUAUCAAGUGCAGCUACAACUGAUACAAGCAACACAACUAUAUCAAGUGCAGCUACAAAUGAUACAAGCAACACAACUAUAUCAAGUACAGCUACAACUGAUACAACUAACACAACUAUAACAAGUACAGCUACAACUGAUACAACUAACACAACUAUAUCAAGUGCUGCUACUACUGAUACAACUAACACAACUAUAUCAAGUGCAGCUACAAAUGAUACAAGCAACACAACUAUACCAAGUACAGCUACAACUGAUACAACUAACACAACUAUAUCAAGUACAGCUACAACUGAUACAACUAACACAACUAUAUCAAGUGCAGCUACAACUGAUACAACUAACACAACUAUACCAGAAGUACAGCUACAAGCUGAGUACAGCUAACGCAACUAUAAUAAGUGCGGCUACAGCUGAUGCAACUAACACAACUAUAUCAGAGUGCGGCUACGAGCUGAUGAAAAGCUAUCACAACUAUACCAAGUGCAGCUACAACUGAUACAACUAACGCAACUAUACCAAGUGCAGCUACAACUGAUACAACUAACACAACUAUACCAAGUGCAGCUACAACUGAUACAACUAACACAACUAUACCAAGUACAGCUACAACUGAUACAACUAACACAACUAUACCAAGUACAGCUACAACUGAUACAAGCAAUACAACUAUAUCAAGUACAGCUACAACUGAUACAACUAACACAACUAUAUCAAGUGCAGCUACAACUGAUACAAUCAACACAACUAUAUCAAGUGCAGCUACAACUGAUACAACUAACACAACAAUAUCGAGUGCAGGUACAACUGAUACAACUAACACAACUAUACCAAGUACAGCUACAACUGAUACAACUAACACAACUAUAUCAAGUGCAACAACAACUGAUACAACUAACACAACUAUAUCAAAUACAGCUACAACUGAUACAACUAACACAACUAUACCAAGUACAGCUACAACUGAUACAACUAACACAACUAUACCAAGUACAGCUACAACUGAUACAAGCAACACAACUAUAUCAAGUGCAACAACAACUGAUACAACUAACACAACUAUAUCAAAUACAGCUACAACUGAUACAACUAACAAAACUAUAACAAGUACAGCUACAACUGAUACAACUAACACAACUAUACCAAGUGCAGCUACAACUGAUACAACUAACACAACUAAAGCAAGUACAGCUACAACUGAAACAACUAACACAACUAUAUCAAGUGCAGCUACAACUGAUACAACUAACACAACUAUACCAAGUGCAGCUACAACUGAUACAACUAACACAACUAAAGCAAGUACAGCUACAACUGAUACAACUAACACAACUAUAUCAAAUACAGCUACAACUGAUACAACUAACACAACUAUACCAAGUACAGCUACAACUGAUACAAGCAACACAACUAUAUCAAGUGCAGCUACAACUGAUACAACUAACACAACUAUAUCAAGUGCAGCUACAACUGAUACAAACAACACAACUAAACCAAGUACAGCUACAACUGAUACAACUAACACAACUAUACCAAGUACAGCUACAACUGAUACAACUAACACAACUAUAUCAAGUGCAGCUACAACUGAUACAACUAACACAACUAUACCAAGUACAGCUUCAACUGAUACAACUAACACAACUAUACCAAGUACAGCUACAACUGAUACAACUAACACAACUAUACCAAAUACAGCUACAACUGAUACAACUAACACAACUAUACCAAGUGCAACAACAACUGAUACAACUAACACAACUAAAGCAAGUACAGCUACAACUGAUACAACUAACACAACUAUAUCAAGUGCAGCUACAACUGAUACAAACAACACAACUAAACCAAGUACAGCUACAACUGAUACAACUAACACAACUAUACCAAGUACAGCUACAACUGAUACAACUAACACAACUAUAUCAAGUGCAACAACAACUGAUACAACUAACACAACUAUAUCAAAUACAGCUACAACUGAUACAACUAACACAACUAUAUCAAGUGCAGCUACAACUGAUACAGCUAACACAACUAUACCAAGUACAGCUACAACUGAUACAACUAACACAACUAUACCAAGUGCAGCUACAACUGAUACAACUAACACAACUAUAUCAAGUACAGCUUCAACUGAUACAACUAACACAACUAUAUCAAGUGCAGCUACAACUGAUACAACUAACACAACUAUAUCAAGUGCAGCUACAACUGAUACAACUAACACAACUAUACCAAGUACAGCUACAACUGAUACAACUAACACAACUAUACCAAGUGCAGCUACAACUGAUACAACUAACACAACUAUAUCAAGUGCAGCUACAACUGAUACAACUAACACAACUAUAUCAAGUGCUGCUACAACUGAUACAAGCAACACAACUAUAUCAAGUGCUGCUACUACUGAUACAAGCAACACAACUAUAUCAAGUGCAGCUACAACUGAUACAACUAACACAACAAUAUCAAGUGCAGCUACAACUGAUACAAGCAACACAACUAUGUCAAGUAUAGCCACAACUGAUACAACUAACACAACUUUUUCAGGUACAGGUACAACUGAUACAACUAACACAACUAUAUCAAGUGCAGCUACAACUGAUACAACUAACACAACUAUACCAAAUACAGCUACAACUGAUACAACUAACACAACUAUACCAAGUACAGCUACAACUGAUACAAGCAACACAACUAUAUCAAGUGCAGCUACAACUGAUACAACUAACACAACUAUAUCAAGUGCUGCUACUACUGAUACAACUAACACAACUAUACCAAGUACAGCUACAACUGAUACAAGCAACACAACUAUAUCAAGUGCAGCUACAACUAAUACAACUAACACAACUAUACCAAGUGCAGCUACAACUGAUACAACUAACACAACUAUACCAAGUACAGCUACAACUGAUACAAGCAACACAACUAUAUCAAGUGCAGCUACAACUGAUACAACUAACACAACUAUAUCAAGUACAUCUACAACUGAUACAACUAACACAACUAUAUCAAGUACAGCUACAACUGAUACAACUAACACAACAAUAUCAAGUGCAGCUACAACUGAUACAAGCAACACAACUAUGUCAAGUAUAGCCACAACUGAUACAACUAACACAACUUUUUCAGGUACAGGUACAACUGAUACAAGUAACACAACUAUACCAAGUACAGCUACAACUGAUACAACUAACACAACUAUAUCAAGUACAGCUACAACUGAUACAACUAACACAACUAUAUCAAGUGCAGCUACAACUGAUACAACUAACACAACUAUACCAAGUACAGCUACAACUGAUACAACUAACACAACUAUACCAAGUGCAGCUACAACUGAUACAACUAACACAACUAUAUCAAGUACAGCUUCAACUGAUACAACUAACACAACUAUAUCAAGUGCAGCUACAACUGAUACAACUAACACAACUAUAUCAAGUGCAGCUACAACUGAUACAACUAACACAACUAUACCAAGUACAGCUACAACUGAUACAACUAACACAACUAUACCAAGUGCAGCUACAACUGAUACAACUAACACAACUAUAUCAAGUGCAGCUACAACUGAUACAACUAACACAACUAUAUCAAGUGCUGCUACAACUGAUACAAGCAACACAACUAUAUCAAGUGCUGCUACUACUGAUACAAGCAACACAACUAUAUCAAGUGCAGCUACAACUGAUACAACUAACACAACAAUAUCAAGUGCAGCUACAACUGAUACAAGCAACACAACUAUGUCAAGUAUAGCCACAACUGAUACAACUAACACAACUUUUUCAGGUACAGGUACAACUGAUACAACUAACACAACUAUAUCAAGUGCAGCUACAACUGAUACAACUAACACAACUAUACCAAAUACAGCUACAACUGAUACAACUAACACAACUAUACCAAGUGCAACAACAACUGAUACAACUAACACAACUAUACCAAGUGCAGCUACAACUGAUACAACUAACACAACUAUAUCAAGUGCAGCUACAACUGAUACAACUAACACAACUAUACCAAGUACAGCUACAACUGAUACAACUAACACAACUAUAUCAAGUGCAGCUACAACUGAUACAACUAACACAACUAUAUCAAGUGCAGCUAAAACAGAUUCAACAUCACUGAUUACUGCACAAAUUGGCACUGUCACAACCAACACAACUAUAUCAAGUACAGUUACAAUUGAUACAACUAGCACAAUUAUACCAAGUACAGCUACAACUGCAACAUUAACUGACAGAACCAUUUCAAGCAUUGGACCAGCUGUCAACACCACAGCAUCAGGCACAUCCACAACUUCAACACCAGAAACAACUGCCAACACCGUGUCAUCGAGCGCACCAGCAACUUCAACACCAGAAACAACUGAAUACAGCACAGCAAGUGCCAACGCCCGUAAAAGAAGAGCAGUUGGGGCAAAUACAAGCUCUCAGGAUAUGUGGACCACAUCUACUGCAUCAAUCAGUACAGUAUCUAUAACUACAACAAAGGGGAAUACAUUAACCACUCAUCUCUGGCAUACUACUUGCCCACCAUGUGUUUAUGAUGUCUUUACAACACCACCCAGCGUGAUUAGCACACUUUCCUCCAGUUUUACAACAACCAAAGAUACUAUCACCUCAGCCACAUCAGAAGAAGGUAAUCAACACAUGUACACCAAUAUGUACCCACAAACAUAA